AUGUCACCCCCCAAACCAACCAUCAUCCUCGUGCAUGGCGCAUGGCACGGCGCAUGGUGCUGGAAAUUCCAGAUCCCCGCCCUCGAGGCUCUCGGCUACGCAGUAGAAGCCGUAGACUUACCCUGCACCAGCGGUAUAGCAGGCACAACGCAAUUCGACGACGCAGCCUACGUACGCUCCGUCGUAAAAUCCCAUUUAUCUGCGGAUGAGCGUGUCGUGGUCCUGGCGCACUCCUACGGAGGACCGAUUGCGAGCGCGGCGAUCAAGGGUUUGGCAGAUCAAGGUGUGCUGGGUUUGAUUGCUUUGUGUGCCUAUGUCUUUCCCGGGGGCAUGGAUCAAGGCGCUGUCAUUCGGGAUAUGGGUGGUUUACCAUAUGCGACGUGGGAUGUGCCGAGUGAAGGUCUUUUCCUCGUCAAUGAUCCGCGCAGUUUCUUUUAUCCUCCUGAUGUGGCGGCGGAUGAAGUCAAUUGGGCAAUGCCGCGGCUGAGGCCUCAGAGUAUGGCUGCGAAUAUGGGUAUUGUGCCUCCGCAGGCCUGGGAGGAUGACUCUUAUGUUGGCAGGUUGGGGUACAUUAGGUGCACCGCUGAUCUUGUUAUUCCAAUUCAACUGCAGGAUGAUAUGGUGGCCGGUGCAGGUGGCCUGGAAAAGUGGGUAGUCCACACCCUAGAAGGAUCAGGCCACAGCCCUUUCUUGUCGCGACCACAUGAAGUGGCUGCUGCAGUGCAGGAGAUUGUUGAUGUUUUCGAAGCCAAGAUGUGA